GUGUGAUCUGCCUUGAAUCUGCCAAGAUCGAGGCUUAUGUUCAGGAAAACCUUAGACUGAAUCAACAGUCAGAAUGAAGCUCUUGCGUGAGCCGUAUGGCUGCUUUAGGUGGGUCUUGCUUGUCGUCGCACUUGCCGCUGAAGUGGCUUUAGGUUUAGCUGGAAGCGAAACGGGCUUCGUGUCUGGGUUGUUUUCCUCCUUAUCCGGCUAUCUGCAAGAAGCGACGAAAGGAGCAGGGAAAAGUGCCUCCACCAGUGCCACGACCACACGAAGAAGUACAACAUCAAGCUCUAAUCCUGUUCCUGCUCAAUACAAGCAAGUGAUUGAGCCACAGAGGAAUACGAAUACCACCACAAAAUCAGUCACAAUAGAUCACGCUUCAGGUGGUGGUCAAGGACUUUCUUUAAGUAAUCCGGAGGAUGAUUCACCUGGCGAAAAGAAGAACAAUCGAGCAGUUCAAGCUGAGGCAGAGGAUCCCCCACUGCUGCUGGACGACGCCAGAACGCCUAUGGAAAUUUCCAUGACAACGAGAAGAUCAUUCUCACGACCUUCUCUAUCACGUGGCGACGAACUAGUAGCGAUUCCGACAUCAGCGCACAUGAGUAACAUCAUGGAAGAACACGAAGUUGAAGAGGACGAUUAUUGUGGAGAUGAUGCGGCAUGUCGCCGUUAUGGGAAAAGUGACUGUAAAGAUUGGAAGAAAGGCACAAAGAACAUGAUGAAGGCUUCGUGUUUUUAUUGUCCUAUAGUACAUAGUUCGACGUACAAAAAUGCCUGUCAGACCACGCCUCUACGGUCACCAUGAACGGCGAUAACAGGGACAAUAGCAUGCAUACAAAAAAGCCUGCGCUUCGUCUCUAAUCCUUCCGCCGCGCCCUCUCUCGUACCGCAUUCCGAACCCAGCAGCCUGACCACCUAUCGCUAACUGCUGAACAGUCCGCUUUUGCCUACGACAAGAUGUACGAGUGGAACGGCAUUUUCAUGAAACAGCGCUUUCUGGGCAUGAAGAUACAGCAACAUCCUUUGUUAUGGCUCGGUCGUGUUGAGAUGUACUACAACAAGUGAGAUUUUUACAACAACGUCUGGGUCCACUGGAGACUAGAUCUUCAUCUAGAAGGACUUGCGAUAAAAAUGAAAACUGUAAUAUCAUUCUAGAACUAGAUAAUUACAGGAAGCUUUUCUUGUUGUACUGCUCCCUGUUUUCUCUAAUCUCAGAUGCCUGGAUCUUACAAGAGCUUCUUUGGGACACAAGACCAGACCUCAUUAUCGAGACUGGAACCUACAAUGGUGGAUCGGCUUUGUAUUACGCAUCGUUGCUGGACAUGAUACAGAGAUGGGGUUGGGGCGAAGAAGGAGAUGAAGAAGAAUCAGAUGAAGAUGUUGGAGAUGCAGGAAGAAAGGGAAAAUGUUGGAGCUCGAGUAGUGCCAGUGCAGUCUCUCAAAUCCUCACCAUCGAUCCACGACAUCCAGAAGACCUGGAGAUAUCUCGAGACAGCGCUUUGUCGCAAAAAGUAACCAAACAUCCUCUGUGGAAAAGGCAUGUGACUUUUAUGCAGGGAUCUUCGAUUGAGCCUGGGGUAGUGGCGAAAGUGAGAGCGUUCGUCGAGGAGUUUAGACGGAAAUUCGAAGGAAAACGCAGAACGCGACCACCUAGAAUCAUGGUUGUCCUGGACAGCGAUCAUGAAGCCCCUCAUGUUUGGAAGGAGAUGCAGGCUUAUUGGGAUUUGGUGUCUGUUGGCCAAUAUUUGAUCGUCCAAGACACGCAUUUAGACUUUCUCUACGAGGGCACGUGGCGACACGACGGCCGACAGUGGCUCGGACCAGCUAGGGCAGUAAGCCUGUUCUUCGACCACAUACAAACGCGGAAUGCCAGUAGGCACUUUGUUGUGGACAAAAGUAGGGAAUAUUUAGUGUUGUCGCAGCAUAGAGGGGGUUAUUUGUGGAGGAAGAAAUGACGAUGUAGACAUGUUAAUUUUGUUAUCGAUGUUGAAGUGCUACAAACAAAUAGAAUACAACUGUCGCUUGGAAGAUCAUUCCAGCGCUUGUAAUCGCAUGAAGAAUUAUGCUACGCAACUCGGAUAUGCUCACAGUCCGUGUGCUGCUGUCUUCGUAUCCGACACUUCUGUUUUGGGGAGCAGGAAUAAGGAACAUGAAAAACUCUUGAGAGGCUCGAGCUAUAUUUCUAUCUUUCGUGAUGAAAAGCUAGCCACAUUAAACUCCAGUCCACGAGGCUUUUAGGACCAUUCGAGGCGCACAAUCACUUUUUACUGAAAGGAAAUGAAAAUACUAGGG